AUGAAUGCCCAAACAUCACAGCAAAUGGACAAGGCAGCGGUUAUUCACUUUGGUAGCCACUCUACCGUAGCUGGGUUUAGUAAUCGAGAACUGCCACAAUGUGUCUCUCCCUCUGCAUAUCUUCGAACUGUGGGCGGUGAUACCAUUUUUGGCCUUUAUCCAUUAUUACAAGCUACAGAAGGUGACCUUUAUGUAUUAUUUGACAAUAGAGGUGUUCCUACUGAUUGGGAAAUGCUUGAAAAGUUUUUACGGUGGAUUUACAGUACUCAAUUGCGUGUUGAUACCACGGAAGUUGCACUUUGCGUCACAGUUCCUCCAGAUUUGUCUCCUGCGGUGAAGAAUCAGUUCCACGAAUUGGCUCUAUGUCGACUGGGAGUCCCAGUUUUCCAACUUAUUAGCGAGCCGUUGGCAGUUACGUUCUCUUUGGGGAAGACCACCGCAUUGGUUGUAGAUGUGGGUGCAGCAAAAGCCACUGUGACACCAGUUGUGGACGGCGGAGUUGUAAAAAAUGGUAUUAUGCGUUCAAGAUUUGCUGGGGACUUCUUAGACUAUCAAUUACAACAGGCAGUCGAGGGUGUGGAUGAUAGCCAGGGCUCGCUUCACCAAUGGCAGCAAUCCCGCACAUGGGUAUACGAUUUCAAGAACACCAUGCUUCAAGUCUCGCCAAUGCGUCUUUCAGAGGUCGAGAAACAGCUGCAACAGUCCAUGGGGAUUAUUCCAAUUCCAAUUGAGGGUAAGAAGAAUUUCGUUCUGCGGCGUGAAAAGGUUAUCACGUGGGAGCUUAAGCAGUGCUACCAUAUUGCAGAGGGCUUAUUUGACCCUAGCAUAGUGUCACAAGAGUUCGAUCGUGCAGACGGUUUGGGGGAGAUUGUGGGAAAAGCGGUGAAAAAGUGUGCUGCUAGUGUUACAAGCAAUGGCACUACUGGCGGCGGCUCUGCUGCAGGCGGCGGCGGAAUAAGUUCUGUAUCGGCGGCGGCAACUGCAGCAGCAAUGGGCCCGACUUCGACUGCAACACCAGAGCAAAUCCAUGCUGCACUGCUGACAAAUGUCGUUCUCAUUGGCGGUACAUCCCUUCUUCAGGGUUUGGAGCAACGUCUCGUAUACGAACUAAACCUGCAAUUCCCGCAGUAUAAGCUAUUAACGUACGCGACUCCAGUCUAUAUAGACAGGCAGCUUCAGAGCUGGCAAGGAGGUGUUAACAUGUGCCACUUGCCAUACUGGAAGUUGGGGUCCUGGAUGAGCAAGCAAGAAUACCUAGACUCGUUGGAAAAGUAG